GUCUAAAGUUUAUUUGCGGUGGACGUCUGCUUGUGGGUUCGCUCACUUUUGACGCACACGCGGCGCAGCAGGGCGGGGCCUUCCUAUAAAAAAAAACCCCCGAGCUGCACUUCUGAGCACAGCGUCUCCCGACCUCGUCUGAGUCCGAGCCUUUUUACACGUGCGAAUCCAACCCGAGCGAUCAUGCCUUCACAACUGGAGACGGCCAUGGAGUCCCUGAUCUUGGUGUUCCACCGCUACGCCUCGAAGGACGGCAAGACCGGCACCCUCAGCCGGCGGGCUCUGCGGGACCUGAUGAGUAACGAGCUGUCCAACUUUUUAAAGUGCCAGAAGGACCCGGCUGCCGUGGACAAGAUCAUGAAGGACCUGGACACCAACGGGGACGGGCAAGUGGACUUUGAGGAGUUUGUGUCCCUGGUGGUGGGGCUGUCCAUUGCAUGCGAGCAAUGCUAUCAGGCGCGCAUGAAGAACGUCGCCCAGAAGAAGUCAGCCAUCAUGGGUGAGGUUCAGACUGCCAUAUUUUUACUCAUCGACGCCUUCAAACAGUACGCCGGCACCGACGGCGACAAGAACUCUAUGAGUAAAGCAGAGGUGAAGGAGAUGUUCAAAAAGGAAUUCGGGUUGGAGAUGGGGAAAGCCAAGGACCAGGUGGGCAUCGACCGCAUCUUCAAAGAUCUGGACGCCAACAGUGACAACAAGGUGGAUUUCCAGGAGUUUGUCUGCCUGGUGGCUUCCCUCGCUAUGUUGAUGCGUGAUCCUCCGCUCUCAAAAUAGAGCUCGUGUGUCCAAAACGCCAUCAAACACCAAUAAAGUCAUACAUCAUGUCAUACAAUAAACGCCAUUGAAAUACUCAA